GAGUUUGGGAUUUAGGCUUUGGGGUUUGGGAUCUGGGAUUUAGGAUUUGAGAUUUGGGACUGAGAUUUUCCCACACCCGUUUUCCCGUUAGGAAUUUCCUGCAGAUUUUGGAUCAGGGAUUUAGGGUUUGGGAUUUGGGAUUUAGGAUUUGGGAUUUGGGAUCAGGAAUUUGGGAUUUGGCAUUUGGGAUCCCCCCCACACCCCGUUUUCCUGUUGGGAAUUUCCUGUGGAUUUUGCAUAAGGGAUUUGGGAUUUGACAUUUGGGACUGAGAUUUCCCCACACCCCGUUUUCCCAUGAGGAAUUUCCUGCGGAUUUUGGAUCAAGGAUUUGGGAUUUGGGAUCAGGGAUAUGGGAUUUGGCAUUUGGGAUCCCCCCCACACCCCGUUUUCCUGUUAGGAAUUUCCUGUGGAUUUUGCAUAAGGGAUUUGGGAUCUGAAAUUUGGCGUUUGAGAUUUGGGAUUUGGGAUUUAGGAUUUGGGAUUUGGGAUUUGGGAUUUGACAUUUGCAACUGGGAUCUCCCCACGCCCCGUUUUCCCAUGAGGAAUUUCCUGAGGAUUUUGGAUCAAGGAUUUGGGAUUUGGGGAUCAGGGAUUUGGGAUUUGGGAUCAGGGAUUUGGGAUUUGGCAUUUGGGAUGCCCCCACACCCCGUUUUUCCCGUCAGGAAUUUCCUGCGGGAUGUGCUGUUUGCCGGCGGAUCCCAGAGCCCGCACUCCCGAGUCAUGAGCGGCCAAAUCACCCUCAGCCAGCUGUUUUCGGAGAUGGACGAGGGCUGCCGGCGCCACGCCGAUUCCUUGGGAAUCGCCGUUCCCAGCGGAUUUUCCGCUGCUCGGCCCUUCCAGGACCUGCAGGCCCAGGGCAGGGUCAAUGUGCAGAUGCUGCGGGCGGCCGGGAUCCUGCGCCGGAAUGGAUUCAGGACCGGCAUCCUGACCAACAACUGGGUGGACGACAGCCCCGGGCGGUUCCUCACGGCCGCGCUCCUGGCGCGGCUCCGGAGCCACUUCGACCUGGUGCUGGAAUCCUGCCGGAUCGGCAUCGCCAAACCGGAUCCCGGGAUCUACUCCUACGCCCUGGAGGCGCUGCAGGCCCAGCCGCACGAGGUGAUUUUCCUGGAUGACCUCGGGGAGAACCUGAAGCCGGCGCGGGAGCUGGGAAUGGCCACGAUCCUUUUCCGGGAUACGGAAUCCGGCCUCCGGGAGCUGCAGGAGCUCUCUGGGGUCCAGCUCCUGCCGGAGGAGGAGCCGCUGCCGACGCCGUGCGCUCCGUCCGAGGUCACGCACGGAUACGUCUCCAUCCGGCCGGGAGUGCGGCUGCACUUUGUGGAGCUGGGCCAGGGCCCCGUGAUCUGCCUGUGCCACGGAUUCCCGGAAUCCUGGCUCUCCUGGCGCUUCCAGAUCCCGGCGUUGGCCAGUGCCGGAUUCCGGGUGAUCGCGCUGGAAAUGAAGGGAUACGGAGAAUCCACGGCUCCGCCCGAUAUCACGGAAUAUUCCCAGGAGCAGAUCUGCAAGGAUUUUGUGACUUUCUUGGAUAAACUGGGAAUUCCCCAAGUUGUCCUGGUUGGCCACGACUGGGGCGGAGCCGUGGCCUGGAACGUGGCGCUGUUCUAUCCCGAGAGGCUCCGAGCUGUGGCCUCGCUGAACACUCCGUACCGGCCGGCCGAUCCCGACACGGAUAUCAUGGAAAAAUUGGCAUCUAAUCCCGCUUUUGAUUAUCAGUUUUAUUUCCAGGAACCGGGAGUGGCGGAAGCAGAGCUGGAAAAAGACAUUGGAAGGACCCUGAAGAUCCUGAUCCGCUCCACGAGCCCGGAGGAUCGCCUUCCUGUCAGCUUCAGCUCCCAAAAAGUCCGGGAGAGAGGGGGGCUCCUGGUGGGAUUUCCAGAAGACAUUCCCGGGAGCCGCCUCCUGCCGCUUCCCGAGCUGGAAUAUUACAUCCAGCAAUUCCAGAAAUCGGGAUUCAGGGGUCCCCUGAACUGGUACCGGAACCUAAGAGCCAACUGGAGAUGGGCCCUGCGCGCCAGGGACAGGAAGAUCCUGAUCCCGGCGCUGAUGGUGACGGCCGGGAAGGAUCCGGUGCUGCAUCCCAUCCUCAGCAAGGGCAUGGAGAGCUGGAUCCCGCAGCUGCACCGGGAGAACCUCCAGGAAUGCGGGCACUGGACACAGCUGGAGAGGCCGGCCGAGGUCAGCCGGAUCCUGCUGGAAUGGCUGGAAAAGCUUCCCCCGGAUCCUCCUUUUCCUGGGAAUUCCAAGCUUUGAGCGGGAAUUUUUCCCCUGGGAAUUCCCCUCCGGCUUGGAUUUGGACCUUUCCAGAGGAAUUUUUCCCGCCUUGAAGCCUCGGAGUGGGAAUUUUUUCCAGGAUGGAAAUCUGGGAAAAACUCCUGGAAGAAUUCCGGAAUUUUUGUUGUUGUUGUUGUGGGAAUUUUUUUGAGAUUUGGGAAGAGGGGUUGGAUCCCAUUCCAGG